AUGAAUAUUCCAGACGCUGAUGAAGAUCUAUUGGCCAUCGAUACUGAAAAACUAGACAGUAUACUUGAAAAUCGAGAUGAAGUCAUUAAUAAUCAAACCAUCCCAGAACUUAUUCCAGAUGAAACAUAUAAUUUUUCAAAACAAUUUUCACCGAUAUUUCGUCUUUAUUCAUCUACCAUCUAUGAUCGUAUUCAUGCCGUAUACUCAACAGACCCCUUUUUAUCUGACCAAGAAUUGAAUAAACUUGGUAGAACAGCACGAAAAAUUCCUGUGUAUCUUGGUAUCUCUAUUGGAAUGAUUGCAGGUGUAAUGCGUGCGUUUGUAUCAUAUGAUGAAUUCUUACGUGCCAAUAAAUAUACUAUAUUUGUAAACAAUGAAACGGCUAGGCGUCAUUCCUUAGAUCAUUGUAUACUUAAAGGUGCCGUAUUUGGAAUUUCCACUGGUUGCAAAACUGAUAUUUUCUUUUAUUCAUCAAAGCACUCUACCGUUACUGUUCUCCGCAAUUCAGGGGAAAACAAGUUACUGGAACACGCUGUAGGUUGGGGAAUUACAGGUUCAUUGUAUUGCUUUAAUCGUGGAUUUAAACGAAUGCUUAUAGCAGGAAUGAUUGCUUCUGUACCUGGUCUGCUUACUGGUGUUUUAUCCAUGUUAGCAUGUCGUGCAUCAAAUUCAACAUUUGAAGAAUUAUACGCAAAAUAUUUAAAUGAAACUCAGAAAAUCUAG